AAGAUGAACACAAGUUUGGUAAAGGAAUUCCGUUUCAUGGGCCUCACAGACAGACAUGAACUUUACAUUCCUCUAUUCAUCCUUUUCCUUUUUGUUUAUAUCAUUACUGUACUGGGCAAUGUUGGGAUCAUUGGUUUGAUUAAGAUGAACAAGCAUCUCCAGAAGCCUAUGUACUUAUUCUUAAGCAACCUUUCAUUUGUAGACCUUACAUACUCCUCAUCUGUCACUCCUAAGAUGCUACAAGACUUGUUAUCUGAGUCCAGGACCAUCUCAUACAUCGGCUGUUCGCUGCAGAUGUACAUAUUUGUUUCGUUUGCAACCAUUGAAUGCCUCCUUCUGGGUGUUAUGGCCUAUGACCGCUAUGUAGCUGUCUGCAGACCUCUGUUAUAUGGUGUUAUCAUGAGUAGCAUUGUGUGUCUUCAGUUGGUGACUUCUGCUUAUCUGGGAGGCUUCCUGACUGCGUUGGUGCACACUAGUUUUGUGUUUCACGUGAAUUUCUGUAAAUCGAACGUCAUCAGCCAUUACUUCUGUGACUUGUUGCCACUUUUCAAGCUGUCUUGCUCUGAUAUAUCUGUCAAUAUCGCUGUGAUGUUCAUUUUGGGUGGUUUGGUAACUAUGACAUGUCUGAUCAUUAUCAUUGUGUCCUAUACUAAUGUAGUCCUGGCCAUAGUGAGAAUUCGAUCUGCUCAGGGCAGAUAUAAGGCAUUAAGCACCUGUACCUCUCAUAUGACUGCUGUCACCAUCUUUUAUGGCACGGUGCUAUUUAUGUAUUUCCGUCCAUCCAACAGCUAUGCUCUACAGCAGGACAAAGUAGUGUCAGUCUUCUAUAGCAUACUUAUACCAAUGUUAAACCCAUUGAUUUAUAGUCUGAGGAAUACGGAGGUUAAAGAAGCUUUAAAGGGACUGGUAAAAAAAAUAGUUCAAAACAAAUGUAUUGAUUAG